AUGAACCUGCAGGCGGAGAAAUCCCUCUCGUCCGUCCUACCUGUUGUUUUCCCAGAAGCCCAGCUGGGCAGCCCCUGGAAGCCUGGAGCCAACUGGCGGGUCGUUUUGGUCACCCUCCCAGCUUGCACUCAACCCAAUUUCUUCUCCACUGAAUCAGACCGCGCCCUCUCGGAUUAUGUCAACACUCGCGAAGACACUCUGAGAAUUCGACGGACGUUAUCAAAAUACCUGACGUCCAGCCUGAGACCAGUAAACUCUGCGACCCAGAAUCAACACCUCAAUCAUGAGAUCCCAUUCAAUCUCUCAGUCUCAAGCACCACUCCUCCAGGCCUGAAAGGUCGUCGUUUUGAGUAUCUCCAAGCUCUGCGCGCAAACAACCAGGCACGUACUCGGCAUCGAGAAUUACAGACUUCACUCCAGGAUCUUCAAAAUCAACAGAAUGACAAUAGUUCUAUCCAAAUAAAAUCCCCUCACGACAAUGAAGCCAUCCAAAGCUAUGUGUCGCUUCUCCGGCAACGCAAACGCUUUGCAGAACUUCAGAUCAUACAGGACAGCUUAGAGAAGCUUUUAAUCGCGAAACCGCCGAGCACCUUGUCAGAUCCGAGGGCUACCAUUAAAGACGCAAUUGGCGAGCAACCAGAUCUGCCAGCAGAAAGCAUUGAGCAUCUUGCUGGCACUGCAGACGACCAGAGUUAUAUCUUCAGGCUGAAGCAAGAGGUACUCGAGGCGAAGGUCAGCAUGGAGCGUGCACAAGAUGCGAGAGCGAAGGCUCAAAGCCAGUCACAAGCUUCGCCUAGCCUACAACACCAAGUCAUUGCAUUGGGGCAGGCAAGAGACGAAAUUGUCCACUGGGUACAGGGUGAGCUGGCCAAGCUUGAAGAGGAAUCCAUCUUUUUGGAAGAUGCUUCGCCAAUCAAACGUUCAACGAAGGAGGCCGAAGCACCCUUAGAUCUGGCGUCAGCUGAAACCCGCAUUCGAGAAGCAUACAACAAGUAUACAUCUUCUCGGGCUAGUCUCCUCGAAGCAUACGAGAGCCUACACCAAACACCGCCGACUCAGGGAUCCGGUCAUGAUCAGAGCAGUGAUACUAAAGCCGGUGCUGAAAAGGAACCAGACGCAUCAAAACCCAUCAUGCCUUUUGCAAAGCUCAUGCCCUAUCUACCGCACCUUACGCAGACUGCGAACAGCGAUCGAGCACUAUUGCAGCAAUCUGUCUAUAUCCAGAAUCAGAUUACAUCUGCAGAUCAAGAGAUAGAAGAAGCCUUGCUUCGCCUUUCUGGUGAGAGCCAUAUGCUACCAGCCGGCUCCAAGGACAUCAGUGCGUGGGGCCAAAAAGCUCAGGAAGCCGAGACGAGAACGGAGGAAGUGGUCAAAGAGCAUCUACAGGCAAGUCGACAGGAGAUCAGCAGUGUGACUGCUAUUGUGGAUCUUUGUUCUUUACAGAGCAAGGUACUGGAGGUAACAUGA